GCGAAAGCUAAAGCGUGGCAGGGGCCGGGCCGGGGAAGCGGAGGAGGCGGGUCUCCAUAGAAACCUCCACCUGUUUCCGGCCAGGCUGUGCAAGAUUAGGGGCUGCUGCGGGGGCCAAUCUCAGCCAGCUAGCCUUUUCCCGGCGGCCUCUGCGGGAGUGGUGGGUGUUGUACACAAUCAUCAUGGCGGCGGCCGGAGCCCCGGAUGGCAUGGAGGAACCUGGCAUGGACACGGAGUCCGAGACGGUGGCGACCGAGGCGCCCGCGCGGCCCCUCAACUGCGUGGAGGCUGAAGCCUUGGCGGGGGCGGCGGUCGAGGACUCUUGUGCGGCGCGAGGCAGCCUGCAGCCGGCCCCUCGCCAGCUCCCUGGGGACCCCACGGCCCAGGCCUCGGUCAGCAACGGCGAGGAUGCGGGUGGUGGCGCGGGCAGGGAGCUGGUGGACCUCAAGAUCAUCUGGAACAAGACUAAGCACGAUGUGAAGUUCCCCUUGGACAGCACAGGCUCCGAACUAAAACAGAAAAUUCACUCGAUUACAGGUCUCCCUCCUGCCAUGCAGAAAGUCAUGUAUAAGGGACUCGUCCCUGAGGAUAAGACACUGAGAGAAAUAAAAGUGACCAGUGGAGCGAAGAUCAUGGUGGUUGGCUCCACGAUAAAUGAUGUUUUAGCAGUAAAUACGCCCAAAGAUGCUGCGCAGCAGGAUGCAAAGGCCGAAGAGAACAAGAAGGAGCCUCUCUGCAGGCAGAAACAACACAGAAAAGUGUUGGAUAAAGGGAAACCUGAAGACGUGAUGCCAUCUGUUAAGGGUGCCCAGGAGCGCCUGCCAGCGGUACCCUUAUCUGGCAUGUACAAUAAGUCGGGAGGAAAAGUGAGACUCACCUUUAAGCUAGAGCAAGACCAGCUGUGGAUCGGCACUAAAGAUUCCUGGAGGGAACCGAACAUGCCUAAUUCACCUGUUUCUGACCAGCACUGUAGGUAUUCAGUGUUCGAGAGCGGACUGAGAAAUUGCCCAUGGGCUCCAUUAAAAAUGUGGUCAGUGAACCGAUUGAAGGACACGAAGACUACCACAUGAUGGCAGCACCAGUAACCUAAGCCAUCAACAGUGACUCCCUUCUUCAUCUGACCAAGUGCUGCUAUUUUUUUUCCCAGAAUGUCUUUCCAAUCCAUCUCUUUUUGUCCCAACUGCCAGAUCUGCAUUUUUCUCAUGGGCUCUUCCAGUAAUCACCAUGCUCAUAUCCUUUGGUUCACCCUUUGCAUAGCCACCCCUGACUGAGUUUAAGAAUGCCUCUCCCCAACAGAAAGCCCUGUCAGUACCCACUGCAGGUUCCUUAACCAGACUAUGAAGGGCCCUCCUUUGUGACCUGAUCCCAGCCACAUCAUUAACCACGGGCAGCCCCGCCUAGGAACUCAGGCUCUAGCAACAUCUCAGACUGAAUGAUGUCCCACCUCCUGCCCUGUACACGAGGUGCUUCCUGCCUGGAAUCCAGAUCUCCUGCCCUUUCUGCCUGGCUAACCCCGGCAGAGCUUGAGAAACCGCUCCGGCGUCGCUGCCCUUGAACACCUUUGCCAGGCAUCAGCUCUGCAGCUUCUGAACGGCUUCAUUUCCACAUGCUGCUGAAGACUUUUGUUUUUCAUUUAUUACACAAUACAUGGUCUUUAUAAUUUAGAAUACACUUGAUUAGCAAAAGACAAUGUAUUCCUGCCAUAUCAAAGUAAUCAUUAACAUCGUGGUAUGUGUUUUAUAGAAAUGGAAUCUGCUGUUUAUAAUGUAUUUUUUUAAAUGUUAUUUGAUUUUUACCACAACUGAAAUUUUUAAAAAAUGUAUUCAUUUACCCACUGCCAAGCACAAAUCUAGUGCAGUUGCUGAAAUGGUUCUUGGUAUUUUUUUCCUCCUUUUUUUUUUUCUAUUAAACGGUUGAUUGCA